AGCUCCUAUAAAACGCAGCCAAACCCUUCACUCAAUGUCUCACUCUCACCCACACAGCUUCCGAAAAUGGCUUCCAGUUCCUUUGUCUUUCUCACUGCCACAUUUCUUAUCCUGUGCACCCUCACCAAAGCCACGAACCCAGGUCUCGUUCUAACCCUGCUUAACAACUGCCCCUUCACCGUCUGGCCAGCCAUCCAGCCCAACUCCGGCAACCCCGUCCUCGAGCGCGGCGGCUUCGCUCUCAACACUCGCACCCAUCGCUCCUUCCCCGCCCCGACUCAACACUGGUCGGGUCGGAUCUGGGCCCGUACCGGCUGCACCUACUCCAACAACCGCUUCUCCUGCGCCACCGGCGACUGCAGCAACCGCCUCGAGUGCAACGGCCUGGGCGGCGCCACCCCAGCCACUGUAGCUCAGUUCAGCCUCCACCAUGGCAACACUGACCUCUCCUCUUACGCUGUUAGCCUCGUUGACGGCUUUAACAUCCCCAUGACUGUGACCCCACAGGAGGGUAAAGGCCAAUGCCCUCUGAUUGGCUGCCGUCCCAAUCUGCUCAACACGUGUCCUGACAAACUCAAGCUCCGGUCACCGCCGGGUCACGGUUCAGUUGUUGCUUGUAAGAGUGGGUGUCAAGCGUUUGGUACCGAUGAACUGUGUUGUAAGAACUACUAUAAUAGCCCACAGACGUGUAGGUCUUCGACCUACUCUCAGUUCUUUAAGCGCGCUUGUCCUGCCACGUCUACUUAUGCACAUGACAGUCCGUCUCUCAUGCAUAAGUGCUCGUCGCCACGAGAGCUCAAAGUCAUUUUCUGCCACUAGACAGAAGAGAGACCACGAGAUAUGCAUGCAUGCCCAUCUUAAUUUCAGUCGGUUUAUAGUUUUUAAAAAUGGGAAAGUAAAAAAAUAUAAAUAAAUAAAUAUGGUUUGGGUUGUUAUUGACAUUUCGCUGUGUCUUAUGUAAUGGGCUUAUAUGGUGCAAACUGCAAAGCCUCUUUCUUUUAGGAUUGGAGUGGGGAUGUAAUCUUUUGGGGUUUGUCUAAUGCAUGUUUAAUGUGUAUGUGUGUAA